CUUCACUGAACCAUCCCUUUAAAUCCUUCUCUUCGUCUCCUACCUCCCAACAGUUCCAUUUCCUUCAUUUUUCCGGGAAAAUUCAUCAUUUGUCAUGGAAAUCCAAGAACCCACGAACCCUCAACUUCCAUUUCCCUCUCCUCCGCCGCCACAACCACAAGAACAACAACAGCCUUCCAUUCUUCCUCAGUAUCCAGAGUUGAUAAUGGCGGCGAUCGAGGCGUUGAACGACCCUAACGGCUCCAGCAAAUCAGCAAUCUCGAAGCAGAUCGAGGAGACGUACGCGGAUCUCCCUGCGUCUCACUCGACGCUCCUCUCGCACCACCUCAACAAGAUGAAGCAGAUUGGUCAGCUCGCAAUGGUCAAGAACAACUACAUGAAACCUGACCCCAACGCGCCACCAAAACGUGGCCGUGGGCGCCCACCCAAGCCCAAAGAGCCUCUUCCGCCUCGAGCUGAGCUACCGCCAGCUAGACCUCGCGGCCGUCCUCCGAAGCCCAAGGACCCUUUUGCGCCUGCUCCGCCUGCUAAGCCCAAGUCGUCUUCGUCUGGUACUGGGAGGCCUCGUGGACGACCUCCAAAGAGGGCCAAGACGGCGGCUUCAGCUCCGGCUUCUGCUCCUUCCACUGGCGCUGCUCCAAGAGGUAGAGGUAGGCCGCCGAAGGUGAAGCCGGCCGUGGAACCAGUGGGGGGUUGACUGUUGAGUCCAAAUUGUGUGAAGAGAAACCAGAGAGAGAGAGAGGAGGGGUAAUUAGGUCUUUUAGUUGUUGUUAUUUAUCUACUAAAUUAGUGUUUGUAGCUUUAUUUAAUUAAUCUGAUGAGUGGUGUAUUGUCGGAUAGAUUUAAUUAGUGUUAGUUGUGACUGUAAUUGUUUGUAAAUUGUUCAUCACGUUAAUCACCGGCUGUUUAGGCUUUUUUAAGCCUCUUUGAUUCUAAGCGCAUUUUUUCCUCUUUCUUUUACUUUAU